AAAAUAGGAGAUCCGAGCCCACUACAGGGGACUGGGGGAUAUUGUACCUAGCCCGGUCUUCGGCUUACUCGUGAUGACAGAACUGUACUGGAUUUUACAUUCUGAAUUAAAUAAGCAUAAGUGCAAGAACUGAGAAUUUACUUGAUUCAGCUGGAUUUAGCUAGCCUGAUGGUAAAGCGAAGCAACCUUCAUUUUAAUAAACCGAGAAGAGCCUGAACAGUACAAGGUAACCCACAAUGGAUCAAAGCUUCUAUGGUGGAGCCCCACGAUUUCUUUCAAGGCCAAAAGCUUUUGCUGUCUAUAUUGGGAGAGAUACAACACUAAGCUGCACUGUUGUGGGAAGCCCUUUACCAGUGGUCACCUGGGAAAAAGACAAAGUGAAUAUAUGCUCAGGGGAAAAGUUCCAAGCAGUGGAGGAUGGAGAUGUUUAUCGAUUGACCAUCUUUGAUCUUACAGUUGAAGACAGUGGGCAGUACAUUUGCAGAGCAAAGAACAAUGUGGGAGAAGCUUAUGCUGCUGUAACUCUUCAAGUUGGUUUAGCAACUGAUCAAAUAGAACGUCCUCCUACAUUCAUACAAAAACCCACUUCUGCAAGGGUUGAACUGGGUGAAGAUGUCGCUUUUCAUUGUAGAGUUCUAGCUCACCCAGAACCAACAUUCAUGUGGGAAAAGGAUGGAAGAUAUCUUGGAGAGAGCAAUCGUCACAAGAUUGAAUCAGAUGGAGAGGCUAGUUCAUUAAAGAUCCAGUGUGUGCGCUACAUUGAUGGAGGAACGUAUACAUGUCGUGCACAGAAUUCUAUUGGCAGAGCUAGCACUGCAGCAGCCUUGGUGGUACAGCAACAGAAAUCUCAAAGUAUAACAAAUGCCUCUUCAGAAAAGACAACUUCACUCCUUUCACACUUGCAGAAACGUAGAGAAGAAAUGCGCAAAACUGACAUUGCUCUUUACUGGUCAACCAAUCAAACUGAUGAUGCCUUAUUCUCCUCAGGAUCCAACAUCAAAACCCCAGAAAGACUGAGCAGCUUGGGACUAAGCCUUUCAGAAGACUAUGAACGUGCUGCACUAUUAGUUGAUAAACUUCCAAAAGGUGUUUUCACUCGAACCUGUACUGUGACAGAGGGCAAGCAUGCCAAGCUGAGCUGUUAUGUUACUGGCCAUCCUAAGCCCCAAAUUCUGUGGAAGAAAGAUGGGUUUCCAAUCAGUGAAAGCCGCAGGCACAUGCUGUAUGAAGAUGAGGAAGAAAAUUUCAUUCUGAAGAUUCUUUACUGCAAACAAAAUGACAAUGGUCUCUAUACUUGCACUGCCUCCAAUCUUGCUGGCCAGACGUACAGUGCUGUCUUAGUUAUUGUCAGAGAACCUGUAAUUGCAUUCAAAAAGAAAUUGCAGGAUGUGGAAGUGUUGGAGAAAGAGACAGCUGUCCUGCAGUGUGAGGUGCCUGUCCCGAGUACUCUGACCAGCUGGUUCAUGGAGGAGACCAGACUCAUACAAAGCUCUAAGUACAAUAUUGAGGAAGAUGGGACCCUGCGACGGCUGACUAUCCACAAUGCUACCACUGAUGAUGAUGCUGUGUACAUCUGUGAAAUGAAUGAGGGUAGCCGCACUGUGGCUGAACUUGCAGUUAAAGGCAAAAUUACCAGGAAACUUCCAAGGAGAACUGCACUGCCUCUGAGUGAUACUGCCAUUUUUUCUGUGGAACUAGAGGAUGAAGGCGCUACCAGCUAUUGGACAAGGAAUGGCAUACAGCUGAAAAAUGAUGAGAGAAUCUCUAUAACAUCUUUAGGCAAGCAAUACACAUUGACAAUCAGAGACUGCCGACCGGAGGACUCGGGGGAAAUUGCUUUCAUCUCUUGUGACUGCAGGACCUCUACCCAAUUCUCUGUUACCGCUCCCAGGAAACAUCCUCCAGAUCCCCCAGUCAACCCUGUGGUGAAGGACAAAACUGAAAAUUACAUCACCCUAUGCUGGUCUCCCCCAGUGACAGAUCGACCAGUUCCUAUUUCAGGAUACAUAGUGGAACGAAGAAAAGUUGCAAAUCAAUCCUGGAUGAGGUGCCAUGGCUCAGAAAAUAUAAUUACGCCAGAAUUCACUCUGAACAAUCUGAAUGAGGAAGGCAGCUUCCAAUUCAGGAUUACUGCAGUGAACAAUUUUGGGAAAAGUUCUUACUUAGAAUUUCCAGGGGUAUUUUAUCUAGAACCUAAAGCAUCUGUAACCACUCCACUUACUGAUGUAACUGCAGUAGCUGGUGGUGAGGCUACCUUCACUAUUGAGCUGUCAGCUCCUUGUUCUGGGAUGUGGUUCCUUAAUGGUAAAUCAGUUAAAAGUGGUGAAGAUUAUCUGAUCUGUCGGACAAAGAAUACCCAUACACUUGUUAUCAGAAGGAUUCAUGAAACUGACAAUGACUCAGAGGUGAAAUUUGUGACAAGUAAUAUUCAGAGUAUCUGUCGGCUGGCUGUUAAAGCUGCAGAAGCCAGAUUUACCAACAAGUCUUCAGAGAAGACAAUUGUGACUGUAGGGCUUCAUGGUUCAGCUAAAUUAUUAACUGAAGUCUCAGACCCUACUAUAACUGUGACAUGGAUGAAUAAUGGCAAGGAACUGAAAAUAGGGAAGAAAUAUGAAACUGAGAAUGUGAAACAAAGAAGAAUCCUUACGAUUCACAAUGUUACAGAGGAAGACACUGGUAUUUAUGAAUGUAUUUGUAAUGGAGACAGAAUGGUUUUCCAGCUGAGCCUUAAAGCAGAAAUGCCGAAGAUCACAAUCAAAGGUAAAACUGAUGGAGCUUCUAAUAUUGCCUCUGGAGAACAAGCUGAAUUUGAAGUAGAGACAUUGAAUAGCAAGGUGAAGGUGCUAUGGUACAAAGAAGGAAAGGAAAUCCAGCAAAAUCAGAAAUUCAAAUUAGACAGUAAAGGCAAGCAGAACAAACUCAUCAUCAUUAGAGCCCAAAAAGAGGAUGAGGGAAGCUAUAGCUGCUGUGCUGGAGAAGAUAUGGUGACCUUCAAGUUAAAAGUAACAGAUCCAGAGCCUGUGUUUAUUAAUAAGUCAUCAACUGAACAAAUCAUCAAAGCUAAAUAUCAUGAGAAGGCCACUCUUAGCUGUGAGGUUUCCUGUACCAAUACUGAAGUGAAGUGGUACAAAGAUGGUAAACUACUGUCAUCUGACAAGAAAAUGAGAACAGAGUCUAAAGAAAAAAUCAGGAGGCUGGUAGUAGAAACUGUGGAUAAAAAGGAUGCAGGAGAGUACACGUGUGAAGCUGAAGGGCAGAAAAUGUCUUUUAAAAUCCAAGUUGACGAACCUAAGCAAGUGUUCUUGAGCAAGGAACCACUGAAGGAGCUAAAAGCUACACUUUCUGAAAAGGCAACACUCAGUUGUGAAGUUUUAGAAGCUCAGACUGAAGUUAAAUGGUAUAAAGAUGGAAAACUCCUAACUUCUACUAAGAAGAAUGUAAUGGAAUCUGAAGGAAAGAUAAGGAGACUAGUGAUUAAAAAUGCAGAAAAAAAAGAUUCUGGAAUAUACACAUGUGAGGCUGCUGGACAGAAACUUGCCUUUCAACUUCAAGUAUCAGAUCCAGAGCCUGUCUUUAUUAAUAAGUCAUCAACUGAACAGAUUGUCAAAGCUCAACAUCAUGAGAAGGCCACUCUUAGCUGCGAGGUUUCCAAUACCAAUACUGAAGUGAAGUGGUACAAAGAUGGUAAACUACUGUCAUCUGACAAGAAAAUGAGAACAGAGUCUAAAGAAAAAAUCAGGAGGCUGGUAGUAGAAACUGUGGAUAAAAAGGAUGCAGGAGAGUACACAUGUGAAGCUGAAGGGCAGAAAAUGUCUUUUAAAAUCCAAGUUGACGAUCCAGAGCCUGUCUUUAUUAAUAAGUCAUCAACUGAACAGAUUGUCAAAGCUCAACAUCAUGAGAAGGCCACUCUUAGCUGCGAGGUUUCCAAUACCAAUACUGAAGUGAAGUGGUACAAAGAUGGUAAACUACUGUCAUCUGACAAGAAAAUGAGAACAGAGUCUAAAGAAAAAAUCAGGAGGCUGGUAGUAGAAACUGUGGAUAAAAAGGAUGCAGGAGAGUACACAUGUGAAGCUGAAGGGCAGAAAAUGUCUUUUAAAAUCCAAGUUGACGAACCUAAGCAAGUGUUCUUGAGCAAGGAACCACUGAAGGAGCUAAAAGCUACACUUUCUGAAAAGGCAACACUCAGUUGUGAAGUUUUAGAAGCUCAGACUGAAGUUAAAUGGUAUAAAGAUGGAAAACUCCUAACUUCUACUAAGAAGAAUGUAAUGGAAUCUGAAGGAAAGAUAAGGAGACUAGUGAUUAAAAAUGCAGAAAAAAAAGAUUCUGGAAUAUACACAUGUGAGGCUGCUGGACAGAAACUUGCCUUUCAACUUCAAGUAUCAGAUCCAGAGCCUGUCUUUAUUAAUAAAUCAUCAACUGAACAGAUUGUCAAAGCUCAACAUCAUGAGAAGGCCACUCUUAGCUGCGAGGUUUCCAAUACAAAUACUGAAGUGAAGUGGUACAAAGAUGGUAAACUAAUGUCAUCUGACAAGAAAAUCAAAACGGAGUCUAAAGGAAAAAUCAGUAGGCUGGUAAUAGAAACUGUGGACAAAAAGGAUGCAGGAGAGUAUAUGUGUGAAGCUGAAGGGCAGAAAAUGUCUUUUAAAAUCCAGGUUGAGGAACCUACGCAAGUGUUUUUAAGCAAGGAAACACUGAAGGAGGUAAAAGCUACAGUUACUGAAAAGGCAACACUCAGUUGUGAAGUUUCAGAAGCUCAGACUGAAGUUAAUUGGUGCAAAGAUGGAAAACUGCUAACCUCUACUAAGAAGAAUGUAAUAGAAUCUGAAGGAAAGAUAAGGAGACUAGUGAUUGAAAAUGCAGAAAAGAAAAAUUCUGGAAUAUACACAUGUGAGGCUGCUGGAGAGAAACUUGCCUUUCAACUUCAAGUAUCAGACCCUGAGCCUGCCUUUAUCAAAAAAUCAUCAGUUGAACAACUUGUCAAAGUUAACCGUUUUGAGAAGGCUACCCUUGCCUGUGAAGUUUUCAACGCCAGCACUGAGGUGAAGUGGUAUAAAGACGGUAAACUACUCUCAUGUGGCAAAAGAAUGAGAACAGAGUCUGAUGGCAAAAUUAAGAGGCUGGUUGUAGAAAUAGUAGAUAUGAAGGAUGCUGGAGAGUACACUUGUGAAGCUCAAGGACAGAAGAUGUCUUUUAAAAUCCAGGUUGUUGAGCCUGAGCCAGUAUUUGCCAACAAGGAAACUGUUCUGAAGGAAAUUAAAGCUGCUGUGUCAGAAAAGGCCAUCUUGAGCUGUGCAGUGUCUCAAUCCAAAACUGAUGUGAAAUGGUAUAAAGACGGCAAGUUGUUGUCUUCUAACAAAAAGACAAAAAUCGAGUCUGAGGGGUGUAUACGACGCCUGAUCAUGGACAAUGUGGAGAAAAAAGACAUUGGCACUUAUACAUGUGAGGCCUUAGAGGAAAAAAUUUCUUUUCAUCUUGAACUAGCAGAUCAAGUAGCCACAUUUAAGAAAAAGGCUACUGAGGAAUUAGUUGCCAUUCAGGAAGGAGAAAGUGCCAACUUUUCAACAGAGGUAUCCACCGAGAGUGUGGUAGUGAAGUGGUACAAAGACAGUGUUGAAGUGAAAGAAGGAAAGAAAUAUAAUAUAAAGAAGCUUGGCCUGUCACGCACAUUGGUAAUAAAAUCAGCAGAGGCUAAGGACAGUGGCACCUACACCUGUGAGAUUUGUGGCGGAGAAAAACAGGAUUUCAGACUUCAAGUGAAAGAAUUAGCAAUAAAGUUUAUCAAGAAACUUGAAGCUAUCUCACCAGAAGUUGGUGAGACAGCGGUUUUGACCUGUGAAUUAAAUCAGACUAAAGGGGAUGUCCUAUGGAGACGAAACGGUGUUGAGAUUAAGUCAACAAUAAAGUUUAAAAUUCAAGGUGAUGGAACUAAACGGACACUUCAAAUAACCAAAGUUUCUCUGGAGGAUGACGGAGAGUACAGCUGUGAAUGUAGGGAUGACAAGACAAUCUGUAAAGUCACUGCGAAAGUGCCCCGUGUUGUAAGAUUUACUGGAAAGCUGAACAACGUGGCAGCAAUGGAAGGAAAAAAUGCUACCUUUAAGUGUACACUGUCUCCAGCUGAUACGAUAGUGACAUGGUCCCAUAAAGGAGUGCCUGUCAAAGCAAGCUCCAAGUUCCAUAUAACACAUGAGGGGAUGACCCAUUCUAUGACGGUUAUUAAUGUGACUCUUGAAGAUGCUGGAGAAAUUACUGCUGAGUCUGAAGGGAAGGUUACUAAAACAAAUCUUCAAGUGCAAGAGGCAUUUGUAUUAUUUAUGAAGAAACUGGAAAAUCAGUCUGUGGAGGAAUAUGGCACAGUAACCCUGGAGACUGAACUCAGCAAACCCUCAAAGGAGGUGAAAUGGAUGAGGAACAGUGUGGUUUUACAACCAGGAGAAAACAUAGAUAUUCGAUCUGAAGGAGUCAAGCAAACUCUAAUUCUGAAGAGUGUCACUUUUGCUGACCGAGGCAUUUAUUCUUGUGAAACCCUGAAUGAUAAAACACAAGCUAAGAUUACUGUGGAAAUGAGAAAGAUCUCUGUAGUGCAUGGACUAAAGGAGAUAAAGGCAGAUGUGAGACAAACUGUCACAUUUGAAGUGGAGUUGAACCAUGAAGGAGCUGAAGGCACUUGGUUAAAAGAUGGAGUUAAACUACAAACUGGAGGGAACUGUAGAAUAACUAGCUUUGGAAAAAAGCAUGCCCUUACACUCUCAAGUCUGAAAAAAGAGGACGAAGGCCUUAUUUCCUUCCAAGCAGAGGGGGUGCAUACAUCAGGAAGACUCAUUAUUUCAGAGCCAGCUGUGAAGUUCACCAAAAUCCUUGAAGAUAUUAAAGUCUCCGAGUUUGAAAAAGUCUCCCUGGAGUGUGAACUCUCAAGGUCCAAUGCAGAAGUCAAGUGGUUCAAGGAUGAUAUGGAUUUGAAACCAAGCAAGAAGCUUGCAGUUAUUUCACAGGGCAGAAAGAGAAUCCUGUUGAUUCACAAAUGCACCAAAGAAGACCAGGGCUGUUAUACAUGUGAUGUCAUUGAUGACAAGACAUCAGCAAUGCUCAUUGUUCAUGCAAGAGAUAUUAAAAUAGUGAAAUCACUUGAAGAUCUGGAAGUGACAGAAAAGGAGAGUGCAGCUUUCAUAUGUGAAGUUUCCCAUGAUGAAGUGGAAGGCCAGUGGUUUAAAAACAAUAUAAGGCUGAAAUCUGGGGAAAAUAUCAGGAUGAGACAAGAAGGACGGACAUUUGUUUUGCUGUUUAAGUCUGCAAAGGCUGAGGAUGCUGGAGAAAUCAAAUUUACUGCAGAGAAGGCCUCAUCAACAGCAAAGCUGCAAGUAAAAGAGUUACCUGUAAAGAUUGUCAAACACUUACGAGACAAGAUUGCCUUGGAGAAGCACAGAGGAAUUCUAGAGUGCCAAGUGUCUCAUGUAAAUGCCCCAGUGAAAUGGUAUCGAAAGGACAAAGAGAUCAAAGCUAGCAAGAAAUAUGAGCUUAUCAGUGAGGGUGUCUACAGAAAGCUUGUCAUUAACAAUGUUGAUUCUUCAGAUGAAGAUGUCUAUACAUGCGAUGCUGUUGAUGACAAAACGUCAGCACAACUACUUGUGGAAGAACAAGCUAUUACCAUUGUGAGAGAGCUAAGCAGUGUGGAGAUAACGGAGCCUGCACAGGCCUGCUUUGAAAUAGAGCUGGGUGUUGCAGACAUCAAACCUCCCAAAUGGACUUUAUGUGGAGAGGUUAUACAGCCCAGCUCUGAUGCAGAAAUCGAACACAGUGGAACAACUCAUCGUCUUGUCCUCAGAAAAACCAGCACCAGUAUGACUGGUCCUGUGCAGUUUACUGCAGGCAAGAGUAAAUCUAUUGCUCAGCUUACAGUCAAAGAGCCAUCUGUAGAAGUUUCACAUCAAAUGAAAGAUAUAAAUGUAAAAGAAAAAGAAUCUGCUGUGCUAAGUUGUGAGUUUUCCACACCACCAAAGAUGGUGCGCUGGUACAAGGAUCAGACACUUCUUGAGUCAUCUAGUAAAUACAGGAUGAAGCAGGAGAAGAAUUAUUUUGAACUCACUAUUCUCAAUACCAAACCUGAGGACUGUGGAGCUUACAGAUGCAAGGCAGGAAACGCAGAAACCAAAUCUACACUUACUGUUGAAGCACGCAAGAUUGAGAUAACAGAGCACCUUAAAGAUGUAGAUGUUGAAGAGGAAGGCAAUGCCUUUUUCUCUUGUGAAGUUUCCCAUGAGGAUGAAGAUGUACAGUGGUACCUGAACGACACACUCCUUUGCGCCAAUGAAGUAAAUGAGAUAAAAAAAGAUGGAAAAUUCCAUAGCAUAACUCUAAAACGCCUUACAGUUGAGGAUGCUGGAACUGUAAAAAUAAAAGUUGGAGAAGUCAUAGAGAGUGUUUCACUGAAAAUUAAAGAGAAACUGGCAGUCUUCCUCAAGUCACUUGAUGAUAUUAUGGGAGAAGAGAGGGGGAUGGUUACAUUUGAAUGUGAAGUCUCCAAACCAAAAGUCAAGCCCCUCUGGAAAAAAGAUAAUAUACCUUUGGACUCCAGUGAUAAGUAUGAGCUGCUUCAAUCAGGAAAGACGCUGGGACUAAUUGUGCAUAAUCUUUGUAAAGAUGACGCUGGAUUAUACACCUGCAACAUUGGCACUGACAUAACCAAAUCAAAACUUUCAGUUCAAGAUUUAAACAUUGGAAUCACUAAGCGGCUAAAAUCAGCGGAAGUCAAGGAAGGAGAAAGCUGCACUUUUGAAUGUAUUCUGUCCCAUGAAAGUAUUGAUGAGUGCUGUUGGAGCCUGAAUGGUCAGACUGUAGUGUCCGGUGACAGAUUUGACAUAUCAAAUAAAGGUCGAAAAUAUGUUCUAAAAAUUAAGGAAGUAAAAGCAGCUGAUGCUGGAGAUGUGAUCUUCACAGCUCGGAACCUCAAAUCUAAGGCUACUCUGUUUGUGAAAGAGAAACCAGCCACAAUUACUGAAAACCUGGAAAACUGUAUCAUAACAGCAGGACAAGACAUUAUACUGGUUUGUAAAACAUCAAAGUCAGAGGCCAGUGUCAAGUGGUAUAAAGAUGGAAAAGUCAUUAGAAAAAGCCAAAAGUAUGAUAUUGUCCAAGAUGGGUGCACUAAUAAACUUGCUGUGCAUAAUACCACCACAAAGGACUCUGGGGAGUAUACCUGUGAAACAGAGAUAGCUAAGUCUUCAGCAAAAGUUGAGGUCAAAGAGAAUCUCAAUAGGUUUACAAUGGAGCUUUGUGACUUGACUGCAGAAGAAAAUGAUUCAGUAACACUUAAGUGUGAGACAGCAGAACCUGUGUCACAGGUCAUCUGGAGGAAGGGUAUGUCUGAAAUAAAGGAUGGCAUUAAAUACAAGAUGAAGCAAGAAGGCACACUCUCUAUUCUGUUUAUCAGUCAAGUAGAGAAGAGUGAUAGUGGCAUUUACUCCUGCGACAUUGGAGCAGUCCAGACACAAGCAAAGUUAACAGUUCAUGAAAGUAUACCAGCCAUUACAAAAGGUUUGAAAGACACUGAAGUAAUGGAAGGGGAGGAUGUUGUACUUGUAUGUGAGACAUCCAAAGCUGAUACUCCUGUCACAUGGUUUAAAGAUGGAAUUCAACUGAAGAGUUCCUUAAAACACAAAAUUAGUUGCUUGGGCUUGAAUGCCAAGUUAACAAUCUGCAAGACAGAAGAAGGAGACAGUGGGAUUUAUGAAUGUGAAACUGGAACAGCAAAAAGCAGGGCCAAGGUUGCUGUCAAUGCUCAACCAGUCAGUUUCAUUCGAGAGCUAAAUGACCAAGAUUAUGAGGAGGGUGGCACCGCCACUCUAAAUUGUGAGCUAUCAAAAGCAGAUGCCCAGGUGGAGUGGAAGAAAGGAGAAAUUAUGCUUCAUCCAGGGGACAAGUAUGACAUGAAGCAAAAAGGUGCACUUUUUGAGCUUCAUAUUAGUAACCUGAAAUUUGAAGACAGUGGAAUUUAUAUUUGCAAAUGUGGGGAGCAAGAAACCUCUGCAAGUGUUAAUGUUAAAGCCUUACCAGUGCUUUUUAAACAAGAGCUCCAGAACCAGGAAGCAAAGGAGGGUGGAACUGUUACCUUGCACUGUGAGCUUUCAAAACUGGGAACACUGGUCGAGUGGAGGAAGGAUGGUGAGGAAAUUAAGCCAAGUGAUAAAUACAAGAUGAAGCAAAGAGGUUUUGGAGCUGAGCUUACAAUUCACAACCUACAGCCUGAAGAUGCUGGAGACUACAGCUGUUUUUGCCAAGAUAAUCAGACCACAGCUCAUGUUAGAGUAGAGGCAAUACCCAUCUUCUUUAAAAAAGAGCUGCAACACCAGCAGUUCCUGGAGGGAAGCACAGCUACUCUGCGCUGUGAACUCUCCAGGCCUGCACCACAAGUAGAAUGGAAAAAAGCUGGGAAGCUGCUUCGAGGUGGUGAAAAAUAUGAAAUGAAACUGAAAGGAGCUGAAGCUGAGCUGCGAAUUUACUGUGCCGAACUUGAAGAUGCUGGAGAAUAUAGCUGUGAAUGUGGAGAUCAAAAGACUGAAGCCAGAGUAAAAAUUAAUGCACUGCCAGUUCUGUUUAAACAAGAGCUUACGAGCCAGGAAGCCCAAGAGGGCAGUUCAGUCACCCUUUGCUGUGAGUUGUCUAAAUCCAAAGCCCAUAUUGAAUGGAGGAAGGGGGUAGACAUCCUACAAUCUGGGGAAAAGUACCAGUUUAAACAGAAAGGGUGCACUGUGGAAAUGACAAUUAAAAAUUUGCAGUUUGAAGAUAGUGGAGAGUACAUCUGUGACACUGGAAGCCAUCAAACAACUGCUAGCGUGAAAGUCAAGGCUCUACCUAUUACGUUCAUACAAAAACUGAAGAAUAUGGAAUAUCAGGAAGAUGACUGUGCUACACUGCACUGUGAGCUGUCUAAGUCUGAAGCUUCAGUGAAAUGGAAGAAGGACAAUACCAUUUUACAAGUUUCUGAGAAAGUGCAAAUGAAAAGCAAAGGUGCCAUUGCGGAGCUGAUCAUUAAUAAAUUAAAUCUAGAAGAUGCUGGAGUUUAUACAUGUGAUACUGGAGAUGCACAAUCUUCAGCUCAGAUCACUGUUAAAGCUCUUCCAGUAAUUUUCAAAAAAGGGCUCAAAGAUCAGGAAGUUCAAGAAGGUGACUCAAUCACCUUACAUUGUGAGCUGUCUAAAUCUGAAUCCCCAGUUCAGUGGAAAAAAGGGGAAGUCACACUUUGUCAAAGCAAUAAAUACAACAUGAAAUAUAAUGGAAAUGUAGUUGAACUCAUUAUUACUGAUGUAUGCCUUGAAGACAGUGGGAUGUAUAGCUGUGACAGUGGCGAGCAGACAACCUCAGGACACGUUCAAGUGAGGGCAUUUCCAGUGAGCUUUAAACAAGAACUGAAGGACCAGGAAGUCCAGGAAGGUGACACUGUCACUUUACAUUGUGAGCUCUCUAAACCUGCCACCCCAGUUAAAUGGAGAAAGGGUACUGUGUUGCUUCAGGCAAGCGAUAAAAUGAAAAUGCAUCAGAAAGACACCGCCGUGGAACUGGUAAUAUCAAAACUUCAACUAGAAGAUUCUGGCAAGUACAUCUGUGAUGCUGGAGAAAAACAGUCUACUGCUGAAAUCACUGUGAAAGCUUUGCCAGUUCUUUUUAAACAAGAGCUUAAAGACCAGGAAGCCCAGGAAGGUGACAAGCUUGUCUUGCACUGUGAGCUGUCUAAACCUAACGUUUCUGUGAAGUGGAAGAAAGGGGAUGUCAUUCUGCAAGACUCCAAAAAGCUCCAAAUAAAAAGCAAAGGCAAUAUUGAAGAGUUAGUCAUUGAUAAACUAGAACUUGAAGAUGCUGCAGUGUAUACAUGUGAUAUUGGAGAUAAACAGUCUUCAGCUCAAAUCACCAUUAAAGCUCUGCCUGUUGUUUUCAAACAAGAAUUGCAAGACCAGGAGGCAAACGAAGGUGACACUACAACUCUCUGCUGCAAAAUAUCUAAGCCAGGAGCAGUUGUUGAGUGGCGAAAGGGAGGAAUGGAUCUCUGCCCAUGUGCAAAGUAUGAAAUGAAGCAAGAGGGACUGUUUGCCAAGUUAUUGAUUCAUUAUGUAGAACCAGAAGAUUCUGGGGAGUAUACUUGUGAUGUAGGAACCCAACAGACUACUGCUACUUUGAACGUAAAGGCACUGCCAGUGUUUUUCAAGACAUUACUGGUGAAUCAAGAAGCAUAUAUGGGUGACAGUGCUACACUAAGUUGCCAGGUCACAAAGCCUGGGGCUCCAGUGGAGUGGACUAAGGGAGAUAUGGUGUUGCAGCCAAGUGACAAGUAUCAAAUGAAGUUGGAAGGUGAUGUUGCCGAACUGGUUAUUUAUAAUCUGCAAACUGAAGACAGCGGCCUGUAUAUGUGCAAUACUGGAAACCAGAAGACCACUGCCCUUCUUAAAGUGAAUAAACUAGAUGUUGUAAUUGUGAAAGGCCUGGAGAGUCAAACAGUGUAUGAAGAAGAGAAUGCUUAUUUCCGUUGUUAUGUGUCUCACGAGAAUGUAACUGAUGCCCAGUGGAAGCUCAAGGACAUUCCACUACAGAAUAAUGAGAUGAAUGAAAUCACUGUGGAGGGGAAAAUACAUACCCUGACACUCAAGAAUGUCAGUCUUGAUGAUUCUGGCAUUGUCGUCUUCAACAUUGGGCCAUACACAUCCACAGCUGAGCUAAAAGUCAAAGGCCCACCAGUGUGGUUUACUCGAACAUUGUGUAACACAGUGGUUGAGGAAGGUGGAACAGCUUCACUUACCUGUGAACUCUCUCAGUCAAAAGGUGUCACUGUCGACUGGAGAAAAGACAAUAUGAUUAUUUACCCCAGCAGCAAGUACCAGAUCACCCAAGAUGGAGCAGUUCACACACUUUACAUUCAUCAGGUUACCUCUGAAGAUACAGGCCAUUACAUUUGUGAUACUGGUGAACAACAGAGUGAAGCCAGUUUAAGCGUUAAAGCAUUGCCUAUCAUCUUCAGACAAGAACUCCAGAAUCAGGAGGCUCAGGAAGGUAGCAGUAUUAUCUUUCACUGUGAACUUUCAAAGGCUGGUGUCCAGGUGCUUUGGAGGAAAGAUGGAGUGCUACUUCAACCAAGUGAUAAAUAUAUGAUGAAACAGGAUGGUCCUUUUGUUGAACUCCUGGUUAAUAAUAUACAAUAUGAGGAUGCUGGAAACUAUACCUGUUAUACAGGAGACAAUCAGUCAACUGCGUUUAUCCAUGUCAAAGAGCCAGAAAUGCAUAUUGUUAAACCAUUAUCAAAUGUGGAAGUGUUUGAAAAUGAGGAUGCCUUCUUUGAAUGUGUGGUUUCCUGUGCUGAUGUCCAAGGGGUGAUUUGGACCCUGGCGGGUACGGAACUCCAGAAUAAUGAACUCAAUGAGAUUGGAAUAAAAGACAACAAAGCUCAUACUCUUCUUUUGCAUAACGUCUCCUGUGAGGAUUCUGGCACUCUAACCUUCAAGACGGGAGACAUUAUAUCAUCUGCAGAGCUUAUUGUCAAAGUGUUAUUUGGGGGUUUUGUUUUUGUAGCUGCUCCAGUGCUGUUUACCCAUUUGCUGCAGAAUGAAACAGCAGAAGUAGGUAAUACGGCUAUAUUGCAGUGUGAACUCUCUAAACCUAUCACUUCAGUAAUUUGGAGAAAAGGAGAAGUGGUCCUCAAUCCCAGUAACAAGUAUGAAAUGAAGGUUGAAGGCAAAGUUACAAAGCUUUACAUCAAAAAUCUGAAGUUGUCUGAUUCAGCAGAUUACACAUGUGACACUGGGAAUCAGCGAUCCACUGCCUCCUUGACCGUGAAAGAGCCAGCACUUGAUAUAAUUAAAAGUCUUAAGGACGUGGCAGUUCAUGUGAAUGAGGAUGCAUAUUUCUGUGUUGAGCUCUCACGCCCUUCUGUUACUGAGGUGCAGUGGAAGCUGGGAGGUAUUGAAUUGCAACCCAAUGAAAUGAAUGUCAUUGACACAGAGAAGAAUGGAGCAGUACACAAGCUUUUACUAAGAAAUGUCACAAUUGAUGAUUCUGCUCCAGUGACCUUCACAGUUGGAACAUGCACCUCAACUUCUCAGCUGACUGUUACUGCUCCACAUGCAUUGUUUAACAAGGAACUGGAGAGCCAAGUGGUACAGGAGGGCAGCAGUGCCAUACUAAGCUGUGAAAUCUCUCAACCUACUGUUUCUGUCAUCUGGAAAAAAGAUGGACUUGUUCUUACUUCUGGGGAGAAGUACACUUUGCAACAGAAAGGCUGCACAGUUGUUCUAAAUAUUCAUAAUUUAUCAUCAGAUGAUCAGGGCCAGUAUACAUGUGAUACAGGAUACCAGCAGACUACAGCCAAUUUAACUGUGAAAGCUGCCCCAGUAUCAUUUAAGCAAGAUCUUAUGAACCAAGAAGUUGAAGAGGGUGAAAUUGCCAUUCUGACUUGUGAACUUUCAAAAAUUGGUGUUCCAGUUGAGUGGAGAAAAGGAGCGGUAGUCCUUCAACAGAGCAACAAAUACGAAAUGAGAACAAAGGGUACAAUUAUGGAGCUUGUGAUACAUGACUUGGAACCUGAAGAUAAUGGUUACUAUACUUGCAGCACUGGAGAAAAUCAAACAACUGCUUCAAUUACAGUACAAGAAAGGGAAUUAAAGAUAGUGUCUGGUUUAAAGAACACGGAUGUCUUUGUCGGUCAGCCAGCCACAUUUUCCUGCCAGCUCUCACGUAGUGUUAAAGAGGUACAAUGGUGGUUGGAUGGCUCUCUUCUCCAGGAAAGCUCACUCAUCGAAAUAGCCAUCCAUGAUAGCAACAUCCACACCCUCACCAUCAAGAGUGUGGCAGCUGAUGACUCAGGAAUUGUGACACUCAAGGCCAGGAACAUCAUCUCCUCUGCCAAACUAUUAGUCAAAGAUCCCACAGUUGAGGUGGUAAGUGUGAUGGAAGAUGUAUUUGUGGAAGAAGAAAAACCAGCAGAAUUUAUUUGCCAGUACUCAAGACCAGUACUUGCCACCUGGAAGAAAAAUGGCAGGCCAAUACAGCCAGAUGAAGAAAGGAUUGUUAUCGAACAAGAUUGGAAUGUUGCAAAACUGAAAAUUAGCUAUGUCACUCAAAAUGAUGUUGGUGUUUACUCUUGUGAAGCUGAGGGAACUAGAGCAGUGGCACGACUUGAUAUUCAAGCUAAACCAAUAGAUAUCAUUCAAGGACUGGAGAACGUAGAAAGUGUCGAGGGGGGAGAAGCACUGUUUGAGUGUUACCUGUCAAGGCCAGAGCGUUAUGCAUACAGGUGGCUGAUGGAUGACCAGCCUGUAAAAGAGUCAGACAAAGCUGAGAUGGCUGUCUUUGAAAAUGGACUCCGACAUCUUUUGCUAUUAAAAAACCUUAGUCCAGAGGACAGCUGCAGAGUUACUUUCCUUGCUGGAAAUGUUGUCUCAUCUGCAUUUUUAGCUGUUAGAGGUUGGCAGCUGGGUGUUGUUAGACCACUAGAAGAUGUUGAAGUCGCAUUGGGUGAAAAAGCAGAGUUCAACUGCGUAUUGAGUGAGUUUGUACCAAUGUCAGAGGUUAGCUGGUACCUCAAUGGCUCAGAGAUCCAUGCUGAUGACACCUGGGCAAUGCAGGCACAAGGAAACUCUUACUUGCUUAUGCUUAAAAAUGCUCAGGCACACCAUGCUGGAGAGGUGACGUUUGCAGCUAGGGAUGCAAUUUCAUCAGCCAAGCUAAUUAUUAUUGCCCUGCCAGAUCCCCCUGAAGAACCCGAGGUAAUGAGUAAGAACAGUCAGUCUGUGAUGCUGUCCUGGUUUAUGCCACUCAACGAUGGCGGUGGGCCCAUUCUUGGAUACAAUGUGGAGAUGCGUUCAUCUGACGGCUUCCUCUGGUUGCCUUGCAAUACCAAACCUAUUCCGAACACAGAGUAUGUAGUGGACAACCUAAUCCCAGGCAUGGGAUACCGAUUCCGGGUGUCGGCAAUAAACCGAGCUGGUGUUGGUGAACCUGUCCAUUUGCCGCAAACUGUACAGCUAGAAGCUCCAGUAGUGGUAACAAAGGCUUUGUCUGCACCAUCUGUAAAGGAAGGUGGAAACAUCACCUUGGAUUGUGAAAUAUCAAGAGAUUGCAGUACUGUCAUGUGGCUAAAAGAUACAAAGAGAAUUCAUCCAGGAAAUAAGUAUCAUAUAAUUUCUGAUGGGAGGCAUCAAGCACUGGUCAUUCAAGAUUUCAGUAGUGAUGAUCAGGGAGUCUACAAGUGUGUAAUUUCUCCGGAAGCAGAAUCUUCAGUGGAAUUAUACAUUUCAGAACUUUCAUUUCCAAAGCCUGAUAUGCCAGAGGAGGAUGAAGAAUUCUCAAAACAACCUAGCCUACCACAUGAAGCUGCUCAAGAAGGAGAUUUACAUCUGCUAUGGGAAGCACUGGCUAAGAAACGCAGAAUGAGUCGUGAACCAACACUGGAUUCAAUAUCUGAAGUUCCAGAAGAGGAUGACAAAAUGGUAAAAUUACAUAAAGUUACACCAGAGGAGCUUCUGAGACCAUUAGAAAGUGAGCAGUUUUGUACAAGUUCAGAUGAUGAAUCUAGAUCAGAAUUUCCUUCCUUAGUGUCUUAUCUCAAGAAAGCUGGUCAGUCAACAGUAACUGUAGCUGGCGGUCAAGUCCAAACAGUGGCUACAAAGAAAUUUUGGAAGAUGUGGGAAACGUCUGAAGUAGAAACUCAGUCUGUACCUCAGCAAAUGGCUGUAACUACAAUGCCACCUAUUCAGGUCACUCCAGAAGAAGAUCCUGAAAUGACUGAGGCAGCCAUCAAAAUCCAGGCUGCAUUUAAAGGGUAUAAAGCCAGGAAGGAAUUGAAAAUGCAAGAAGUACCUGUUUUUGGGGAGGUCUUUAAGGAUCAGACUUGUGAACCCAAUGGGACCAUUCACUUGGAAUGUGUAUCACUUAGUAAAUCAGACAUUGAAGUCCAUUGGUUAAAAGAUGGUGAUAAAUUAGAAGAUGGAAGACAUCAUCAUAUUGACAUUUACAAUGACGGAACAUGUUCUUUGAUUAUUACAGGCCUUACACCAAAAGAUACUGGUAUUUAUACAUGUGUGAUUUCAAAUAAGUUUGGUUCAGCUACCCAUAGUGCCAAGGUGACUGUGGGCAGCCAAAGAGAGACUUCAAUUUUAAAUGCAAAAGAAAUGACCUAUGGUUACAGUGCAGACAGUGAGCCUGAGAGUUCCUCAGGCAGUGAGAUGGAUGAUGGAUUACGAAAAGCUGGGAAAAGGCUCCGAAGACUUUUGAGGACAAGGCUUUCUCAUGAUAUGCCAGAUGUAGAAGAGGAAACAUUUGUCAGUGCUGAUGAAGGAGAGUUUGAUACUGCUGAUCAGCAGACAUAUAGGGAAGAUGACACAUAUAUAUAUAUUAAAUUUGAUACCCUUCCAGAAGCUCAAAUUGCAUCAAGACGGUUCCAGGAGAUGUUUACAGCUCAUAGUGUUCCAUUGGAAGCUGACAUUCUUGAAGAAGGUUUAAGGAAAGUAGAGCUACGAAUAAAAAAGCUGCCUCCUUCACUAGCUGAUCAUGGUCCUCACACUCCAACUCAGGAAAUGUUGCAACCUUCUUUCACCCCUUCAUCCUCUGCCCCUGUAUUUCUAACUGAGCUGCAAAGUCAGGAAGUUCAAGAAGGAUAUCCUGUAAGUUUUGACUGUGUGAUCAGUGGAAGGCCUACACCGAAUAUUCGCUGGUUUAAAGAUGGAAAACUUAUUGAAGAGAAUGACCACUAUAUGAUCAAUGAGGACCAGGAGGGUUGUCACCAACUUAUCAUUACUGCUGUCCACCCAAAAGAUAUGGGUGUAUAUCGUUGUGUGGCAGAAAACUACAAUGGAAUUGCAUCAACAAAAGCUGAACUCAGGGUUGAAGUUUCCUGCAGCUCUGAUUAUGAUACAGCUGCUGAUGCUACUGAAACAUCAUCCUAUGUCAGUGCAAAAGGCUACCUGUCACGAGAGCAGGAAGGAAUAGAGUCUAUGACAGAAGAAGAACAGCUACCUCAGGUAGUGGAUGAGCUUCAUGAUGUUCUAGUGAGCCCAGGAGCUCCUAUUGCUAAAAUGAAUAUUCAGGUAAAAGGUUACCCACACCCUCGAGUGUAUUGGUUCAAGGAUGGUCAACCUCUGCAGCAAACUGAACGAAUUUUAAUGACUGAAGAGAAAGGGUUGCAUUCACUGGAGAUUUUAGAAGUAAGGAGAGAAGACGCAGGAGAGUAUUCCACUUAUAUUAGCAACUCAGCUGGUUCAGCUUAUUCAUCUGCACGACUCAUUGUAGAGCGUCCUGAAGAACAUAGCACUGACGGAGAAGUAACAGGUGGAAAAGCAAAAGGCACAAAGGAAAAUAUCACUCCACCACGAUUCUUAGAAAGAUUCACUAACAAGAGAGUUAAGAAAGGAUCCAGUAUUACGCUGUCUGUGAAAUUGGAAGGUUGCCCCACACCUUUGAUCACAUGGCUAAAAGAAGAGUCUGCUGAAGAUGUUCUGUGGAUCAAGCCUGACUCACCUGGCUAUAAGGUUGCCAGUUCCCACAUGCAGCACAGUCUAAUCCUGCUUGAUGUUGGCAAGGAAUACUCCGGUACCUACACCUGUAUUGCUACAAACAAAGCUGGACAGUCAAUUUGUAGUGCACACCUUGAUGUAGAGGAAGUACAAGAAACUGAAGACCAGAGGAAGCAAAAGAAAACAGACACAUUUACUGAGGACAUUUUGAAAAUAUCUACUCAUGAGGAUAAGAAGGAAUUUGACUUUGAUGGGGAGAAGGACUUAAGGAAAGGAGCAUAUAUGCAACAAGAAGUGAGUAAAGCAACAAGCCAAUAUUUGGGUGAAGUUGGAUCAGAGGAAUUCUUGCAAAAGCUAACAACACAUAUUACAGAAAUGGUGUCAGCAAAGAUAAGUCAAGCUUCUCUGCGAGUUCCUGGGAUGGACAGUGAUGAAGAGUGCAAGACCCCAUCCCCAUCUCCACAUCAUGGUCGUUCAAGGCCUUCAUCAAUCAUCGCUGAGUCGUCUUCUGAAUCAGAUGAAGGAGAAACUAGAGGAGAGAUGUUUGAUAUCUAUGUGGCAACAGCUGACUACACUCCACUCACCUCUAAUAAAGAAGCAAUUGUGCUAAAGGAAGGACAGUAUGUUGAAGUUCUUGAUUCAGCAAAUCCAUUGAAGUGGCUUGUCCGAACCAAGCCGACAAAAUUUACGCCCUCAAGACAGGGAUGGGUAUCACCAGCAUAUCUGGAUAAAAAAAUGAAGCUCUCACCAGAUACCCCAUUGGGAGAAGCUCCUGAAAUUCUGGGGGAACAGGUAUCGGAGGAUGAGUACAAAAGAAGACUUUGUUAUUAUAUCCAGGAUUUGAUACGCUCAGAAGAAGAAUUUGUAAAUGACUUAACCUUCCUGUUGUCUCAUCACAAGAACCAUAUGGAUUCUGAUCCUGACAUCUCCAGCCAGAAAGAGGCAAUCUUUAGGAACAUUGAUGAUAUCUCAAACUUCCACAAUAGCACAUUCCUCUCUGGGCUUAGCCAAUGUGAUACUGAUGAUGAUAUUGCAAUGUGUUUUAUCAAAAACGCACAAGGCUUUGAAAAAUAUAUAAAGUAUCUAGUGGGAAAGUCACAGGCUGACUCACUUCUGUCCAGCAGAGCUACUCAGGAGUUCUUCAAGAAAUAUACAGAAUCUGAACUAGCUGAUAUGGAUCCUUCACAAAUUCACCCAAUUCAGUAUUACUUGGAGAGACCCCUCAGCAGGAUUCAGAAGUAUAAGACAGUGCUGAAAGAGCUAAUCUGUAAUAAGGCACGAAAUGAGCAGAACUGCACCUUGUUGGAAGAAGCCUAUGGGAUUGUGUCUUCACUGCCACGACGAUCAGAGAAUACUCUGCAUGUGUCUUUGAUUGAAAAUUACCCAGCAACUCUGGAGGCACUUGGAGAGCCCAUCCGACAGGGACCAUUUACGGUAUGGGAAGGAGCCCCAGGCACUAGAGCUUCUGCAAGGGGUCAUCAUCGUCAUGUUUUUCUCUUUGCAAAUUACAUCUUGAUCUGCAAGCCAAAGAGAGAAACAAACACUGAGACUCAGGCAUACAUCUUCAAGAAUAUGAUGAAGCUCACAAAUAUUGAUGUGAAUGAUUUUGUGGAGGGUGAUGACCGUGCCUUUGAGAUAUGGCAUGAGCGAGAAGACUCUGUUCGUAAAUACACGUUACAAGCAAGGACGGUCAUUAUCAAGAACUCCUGGGUGAGGGACCUCACUGACCUACAACAGCGCUAUAGUCUUCCAGCUUGGAUACCUCCUGAUUUUGAAGCAGUGUUGGGUGACUGCACAGCAGAGCUGGGAGAGACUGUCAAACUAGCUUGUAAAGUCACAGGGAAUCCAAAGCCAGUCAUCAGCUGGUAUAAAGAUGGAAAAGCUGUAGAGAUAGAUCCACAUCACAUCAUCAUUGAAGACCCAGAUGGUUCCUGCACUCUGAUUUUAGAUAAUUUAACAGCUGAAGACUCUGGACAGUAUAUGUGCUUUGCAACAAGCAUUGCUGGAAAUGUUAGUACACUAGGCAAAAUUAUAGUUCAAGUGCCUCCUCGAUUUGUAAACAAGUUAAGGAAUGCUCAGCUCAUCAAGGGAGAAGAUGCACAGUUUUUAUGCACCAUUCAAGGGGCUCCAUAUCCACAAAUCAGGUGGUACAAGGAUGGCACACUCAUAACAGAUAAAAAUAAGUUUUCACAAUUUAGUGAAACUCGUAGUGGAGUCGUAGUCUUAGUCAUCAAAGACCCUGGAGAGAAUGACCUUGGACGAUAUGAAUGUGAGCUGAAGAACAGAUUAGGCACUGUUACUUGUUUUGCUGAGUUAUGCUUGCAGCCCCCAGCAUUGCUAAUCCCAGAAAGACUAGGGGAACAAUCUAUAACCAUAGAAGUUACUGAACAAGAAACAAAAGUGCCAAAGAAAACCAUCAUCAUAGAAGAGACAAUAACUACUGUGGUGAAGACACCAAAAGCGAAAAGACGCUUAUCUCCUGGCAUAUCUCCUUCAAGAAAGUCAUACUCUGAAACUUCAACACCAGAACCAGUCUUGGGAAUUAGGCACAAGAAACCUGCAGUAAGAUCUCAAAAUGAGGCAGCUAAAGCAACAGUUAUCCCUGCCCUUUUUGUAACCGAAGCACAGGAGGAGUUUGGAGCAGCUGCCAGACAAACAACUGUAGAGAUCAAGCCAGGAGAACAUAAACCAAAAUGGAUUGAAGUUGAAGAAAUUAUAGAAUAUAAGGUGAAGUCUCCAAAACUUCAGAAAAAGAGGGGAGUUUCCCCAGGAAAACCAGAAAAGGAACAGUAUGACACUGAAAAGUUUACUUUACCUGGACCAAGAUCUAAAAGACAUCCUAAAGAUGAUCCAAAUACCAACAACUCAAAUAAUAAACUGGUUCAACAAUCAGUUGCAAGUGAACAACUCCCAGACUCUCUUACUUGGGACAGUGACCAAGACAUACUUUCACCAGAAAAUAAAUACCCAAUUCUGGUUCACAUCUCAGGUUUAGAUGACCAAGUUGAAAAACAGGCCUGCAGUACUUUGGAGAGCAGCGCUGAACAUACAACAAAGGCAACAGCCUGCAUCAGACUAAAUGAAGGGGCACCUCUUAUGGCAGCUCAGGUUGGUCAAACACUUGUGUUUAGUUUUGAAACCCCUCAAAUUAGUCCAGAUGAUCAUUGUCUAGGAAAUUUCACAGGAUCCUUUCUAGAAGAGACAAAUCAAGCAGAAGAAACAAUUCAUCAAGAGGACUGUUCCUCUAUGGAAGGUGUUAUAGUUGAAGAACCAGAAGUCAAAUGGGAUGACCUCAUACAAAGAGACACUAAAAUUUUAACUCGAAAUGGGAAAGCAAUAACACUAGAGGAUCUUGAGGAUUAUAUCCCAAAAGAAGGUGAAACAUAUGGUUGCUUAAAUAUCAGUCAACCAUAUUCAGAGGAUUGUGACAAACCAUGUGAGAUUUCAGUUGUUCAAAGAGAAAUUAAUGAAACAACUAUAGGGAAACCUGUUCUCCUUAAUGUUGGUAGACCUGCUGUCACAAAAUCCAAAAAAGGUUUCUUCAGCCAUAUUAAAGAUAAUCUAGCUGGCAAUCUUUUUACUCAUACAUCCAGCCACAAAGUUAGUAGAGAACCUAGACAUUCAGUACUUGUGACUGGAACACACCUGGAAACUAUCAAACAUUCAGCAUCCCCAAUGCUGGAGAUAAAGCAAUCAUACUGCACCGAAGUCCAAUGCUCUUUGGAGAAUGGACAACAAACUUACAAAACUGAAGUAUCUGCACAAACCUUCAGUUAUGGGGCAGUGGGAGAGCCAGUAACUCUUCAUAUCAGAAAGAAAGAUACUAUUGAACAUUAGAAACAAUGAAUACAAGAAAAUCAUUAUACUAGCUAUAGCAAAAGUAUACAACAAGAAAAAAAGACAUAUAUGUCUUAAAUAGGAAAACUUUUACAGUAUGUAAACUACCGGUAUAUGUAACAAAAAUACUGGCAUUUCCUAAGUAAAGGAUCAUUCCAUAUCUUUAUUGCAAUAUUUCAAUAUAUAUAUGAAUGUACUCUUUACCUUUAACUUAUCUAGUUGAAAAUUGUACAUUUUAUGUACAGUGUGUUUUAUUGUAUCCAAUACAGAUAAUAAUACAGUCCUUGACUAAGCUGAAAUUGACCAGUUCCAUCUUAAAACAUUAUAUGGAGUUAUGACCUUGAUCAAAAACUGUAUAGUUACUGACAAUGAAUAUUUGUAACAAAUACAAGUGAAACAAAAUAUGCAAAAUCACCAUCAUAUGUUUCAAGUUUUGGCUAUGAAAUAACUUACUGUAUUUAAGGUGGCUUCAAAAAAAUGUCACUAAAUAUAUAUUACUUUUUUGAGAAAGUAAAAAUGGUUCAGUUCUACUCUUACUAGGUCAAUGAGUGAUACUUUAAGUAUUAAACAAAGAAAUCCACUUUUAUCAAACAUAAAACAUUACAACAAUGGGAGUACAUUUACAGUAUUUUGUCUUUUUGAUACUUUAAUAAAGACCUUGUGUUUAAUAUUAUUUUACCUCUAAUUUUUUUCUUACAGAUUGAGUGGCAAAUAUUUGAUACAGUAUAUAUUUGUUUAGUGUACUCUAAAUGCAGAUGAAAUCAAGAGAGGGAAAGUCUAGCAGAGAGAACAUCGUGUUCUUAUCUGUAAAAAAUACUUUUUCCUGCUACAAAAAUUAAAGCAACAAUACAUUUUUCUUCACUGUGAUACUUCACAGACAAAGUAUUAGUAUUUAAUGACCUGAUGGAAUCAUUUAGAAGCUCAAAUGAGUUUCAAUGGCUGUUCCCAUUGUUUGAUUUAACAUUUUAAAGACAUUUAAACACUGGUUGGAAGUGUUUACUAAUAUGCAUGGAUAAUGAAUCAUUGGCAGAUUGUUCAUUUUCAGAUGCUAUUUAAUUGCACAGUUGUGAUGAAUGUAAAAAUUAUGAGUGUGAUCAGGUAGUUUUUAAAGUGUUGUUUUUUAUAUAUGAGAUGAAAACUAAAAUAGUAGAAAAUUCUAAUUGCACACAUUUUAAUGCAUAGAGCAGCUGGUCAGUAAUUUAGUUAAUACAGUAUGUUGGCAUCUUAAUUCUUGUUUAAUUCAACUGAUUUGUGCUGUAUAGUAAUAAGAUUGUUUGAUCAUUAACCACUUUAAUGAUGCAGGUAAAGACAGAAAAAAAAACAUUAAUGUACAUGUUUUUAUACUUUUUCACUCUUAAAAGCUCACAUUGUGAAAACCACUUUAUGGAAAUUAUUUAACUUGCAAAAAAUUACAUUGUUCAAUAUGUAGUAAACAUAAUUUUAUAUAUAAAAUAACACACAUUUUAUCUUUCCCUUAGAAUUAAUUAGAAUGUCUCCUUAGUAGAACAUUGUCUGAAAUAAUGGAAAAUAUUAAAGGAUCUGUCUUUUAGUGUCAUGAGGAGGUGAAGACAGUUUAUGCUAGUUGUGGAAUUUUUGUUGGAUAUAAAAAUAUGUAUACUAGGUGGGGAAAGAGUAAAACAUUAUUAAAAUUUGUUUCUCAGAGAUUGAUAUUUAUUUUCAUCUGUAAGAAAUAGAAUACAUUUUGCAUGAUUAAUAAAAGUUUGUGACUUGAAUCCCUUUAAACUGUAUAUCACAUGUACAACAUAAAAGUAGAAUGUAUUGUUUGUUUUGAUUUCAUAUGAUUUAUUAAAUAUGAUGUGUUAUAUUAUAGGAAAUAAAUAUUUUGCAUCAUUAUAA